AUGAAGAAUGAUGUUCGCUCCGAGCCGACCGAUGAUCAAGCCUUGGCUCGGUUGGGAAAGAAACAGGUGCUUAGACGCCGAUUCGGCUUCUUUUCGAUCGUCGGCUUUGCCAUGGCCGAGCUGAUCACUUGGGAAACCGUUCUUACUCUAUUCUAUGAAUCACUCGAGAAUGGUGGUCCGGCUGGAGCUUUUUAUGGCUACAUAAUCGCCUGUCUGUCAACCUUAUCUACCUAUACUGUCAUUGCCGAACUGGCUUCUAUGGCACCCAUUGCCGGUGGACAAUACUACUGGGUUUACAUGUUGGCUCCGAUGCGCUGGAAAAAAGUGUGCUCCUACCUUAUCGGAUGGCUCACUUGCCUAGCUUGGAUUGCGACAAUCGCCACGGAAACCAUUUUUCUGGGAACUAUGAUUGAAGGAUUAAUCACCUUGAACAAUCCCGAAUUCGCUCAAAAGCGAUGGCAAAACACUCUUUUGGCCUGGGCCAGUGUAGCCGGUACUUUCUUCAUGAAUGUUGUGGUUCCAAAUGCUCUCCCGCGAUUUGAGAUCGUCAUUCUUGUCCUGCAUUUGGUCGGCUUCAUUGCUAUUACAGCCACGCUCUUGGCAAUGUCACCUAAGCGAUCAGCACGCUUUGUCUUUCAAACCUCAUUAAAUGAAGGCGGAUGGCCUAGCCAGGGCCUUUCAUAUUGCGUGGGAUUUAUUGGAAAUAUCGCAACCUUCGUCGGAGCUGACGCGAGUGUUCACAUGGCUGAAGAAGUCGCCAACGCGGCAGUCGUGAUCCCUCAGGCUAUUAUCACUGCCAUGGGCUUAAACAGUCUUCUUGGAUUCUCAAUGAUGUUGACGAUUUUGUUUUGCAUCAGUGACGUUGAAUCGGUACUGAACUCAGCCACAGGGUUCCCAUUUAUUCAGGUCUUCUAUGACAGCACCCACUCCUACGCCGGGGCGUCAGUCAUGACCGCAGUCAUCAUGGUAUUAACGAUGGCGUGCUCCAUCGGUAUUACUGCCACCGCAUCUCGUAUGACCUGGUCUUUUGCGCGUGACCAGGGUCUCCCCUUUUCCCGGUUCUUGAAAGGUGUGAACAAGAACAGCCAAGUGCCCAUCGUAUCUGUCUCCGUAGUCUGCGGAUUUGCCUGUGCCCUAUCCAUUAUCUACAUUGGAUCCACCACUGCCUUCAACGACGUCAUCUCCUUAACGGUAACUGGAUUCUACAGCACUUAUAUUCUCCCAAGCGCAUUUCUUUUAUACCACCGUCUCAAAGGAAACGUUCUCCCCCAUGGCACCAUGCUCGAUGGAAGUCUCCCUGAUGCAGCCACUAGCGUUCCUGCUAGUAUGAAGGAAAAACCAGCAGCCCUUGUGCAACCUAAAGAGCCCGGUGAAGAGGAUCUCCCCAGUCCAGGUCCAUCUUCUAGCCCCGAACGCAACCAAUCUACCGAUGCCCGGCGCCCCAUGGAAUACGAAAUUGCUCAAGCGCCCCUGAUUUGGGGUCCUUGGAAAGUUCCCGGAAUCUUCGGAACUAUGAACAAUGCGUAUGCUUGUAUAUAUAUGCUUUUCGUUAUUUUUUGGAGCGUGUGGCCUCCGCAGACUCCUGUCAACUAUAGCACCAUGAACUACAGUAUUGUUGUUACUGCUGGUGUACUGAUUCUGAGUGGAAUUUGGUACCUUAUUCGCGCUCGAAAGGAAUAUCAAGGUCCUCUCAUUGAUGAGGAAGUUGCUGAAAUUAUGCAUCUUACUCCAGGAGCGGUGAGAUCUAACUAA